AUGGCACCCAAGAAAAAGAAAACUAUGGAGCCACCCGCCAUUGUUACUACUCGUAGCUCUACUCGCAGUGGCAAAGCAAAAUUGGAUUCUAAUUCCGAUACUCAACCACCCACCGUUGUUACUACUCGAAGCUCUACUCGCAGUAACAAAGCCAAACUGGAUUCUAUUUCUGAUCCUCAAGUACCACCCAAGUCCAAGAAACCCAAAACUAACACCUCUGAUAAUGGUAACACUUCUUCUUAUUCCAAGAAAAAAGCAAAUAUGGAGCCCACCACCGCCAUUGCUACUAGAAGCUCCAAUCGUAUACUCAACUCUCCUCUUGCUGUCUCUCAAAACAAGUUCAAGAAACCCCAAACACCACCCAAGAAGACGCCAAAUGUGACACGUAGCUCGAUUCGAAUUACUGGUCGUCAGGUUCAAUUACUUACUACUAAGGUAUCGAAAUUAACUAUCUCUGAGGGUAAAACAGCUCCGUCUUCUCCGGCAGAUUUGCCGACUACCGGUGUUCGGACACGUGGCAUGAUUCGCCGUCUUAAAGGCAAAGGUAAAAUGGAUGAUAGUACGUCACCCAAGUCGAAGAAAACUAGAAGAAGUAUUUUUGAGGUGGGAAGUACUUCGACAUCCAUGCAAUCAUCAAAGAAAAGGGUAAAAAUGGAAGACUCUAAAAUCAAGAAUACUCGUCGGGGCAAAGCUAAAAUGGGUUCUGACCCGGAUUCUGAUGACCCGGAACCACCAAAAUCCAAGAAGGCUAAAGGAACAAUGUCCAUCACUUCUAGCUCGACUCGCCGGGGCAAAGGCAAAAUGGGUUCUGACCCGACUUCUGACGCUGACCCGGAACCACCAAAAUCAAAGAAGGCUAAAGGUUCAAUGUCCACUUCUAGGGGCAAAGCUACAAUGGGUUCUGACCCGGUUCUUGCUGCUAACCCGGAACCACAAAAUUCUAAGAGAGCUAAAGGCAAAGGCAAAAUGGGUUCUGACCCGACUUCUGAUGCUGACCCGGAACCGCCAAAAUCCAAGAGGGCUAAAGCCAAAGCCAAAAUGGGUUCUGACCCGACUUCUGACCCGGAACCGCCAAAAACCAAGAAGGCUAAAGGAAAAGCUAAAAUAGGUUCUGACCCGACUCCUCCUGCUGACCCGGAACCACCAAAAUCUAAGAAGGCUAAAAAGGGAAAUUCAUCUGUUUCAGAAACACCUAAGAAAGAGGAAAAUGGGGAGGCUUCUAAAAGAGUUACUCGGAGUUCGACACGUGGCUCUAAAAAUAAUAACUGA